GCCGCGGUGCCUCCAUCUUCCCUAGCCAACCGACCGGACACCAAAGCCUCGCCGCCGUCUCGAAACCCUCGGCAAUCAAGCAUCACCAGCUAGCACGAGAAUACCCAGCCCCCGCGUCGGCGCCGCCGCCGUCGAAGAUGAGCGACGACGUGGUGUGGCACUGCAUCCGCCACGGCCACUGCAGCUUCAUGGCCAAGAUCGAGACGGGCAUCUUCUGCAGGAACCCCUACAACGUGACGGGCAUCUGCAACCGGAGCUCCUGCCCCCUCUCCAACAGCCGCUACGCCACCAUCCGCGAUCACGAUGGAAUUUUUUAUUUGUACAUGAAAACUGCUGAAAGAUCUCAUCUGCCAAAUAAAUUGUGGGAGCGGGUUAAAUUGCCAAGGAACUACGAGAAAGCAAUAGAAGUUAUCAACAAGCAUCUUGAAUUUUGGCCACAGUUACUUGUGCAUAAAAUCAAGCAACGGCUGACAAAAAUGACUCAGUAUCGAAUAAGAAUGAGGAAACUUCAACUGAAAGUGAGGGAGAAGUUAAUGACGGUACCCAGGAAGAAGACUCGGAUAGAUGACACACAAGCGAGAAAAGCUGAACAGGCUGCAAAAAUAGAUAAUUGUAUUCAAAGUGAAUUACUCGAACGUCUGAAGAAAGGAUGUUACAAUAAUGAAAUAUACAAUUACCCCUUCAAUGAUUUCAGUGACAUUGUUAAACUUGAGCAAGAAGAUGAAGAAUAUGCGACCCAAUAUGUUGAACCUAAUGAGAAUGAAAUGGGACUGGAUGACAUGGAAGACUUUAAAGGCAUUCCUAACAGUGAAUGUGGUUAUACAGAUGCAGAUGAUGAUCUUUUAGAUGAGGAAGUAGCAAAGAAACAAAAGAGAUCAAAGAUAGGGAAAAGGUCUACGAAGGUCACGAGUGAGCUGGAACAAGAUGAAGACACGGGUGUCAGACAAAUGACGCUCGUGUGAAUUCAACAACCACGAUCUCGUCUCGAUUAUCUGCUUUGGUGCUGAUCGGUAGUAGUUAGAUCAUUUGCAUUCCUUUGCCUGACUGCGCCGAAAAUCGACAUGGAGCUCUUGCUGUGACUCUCGAAUCAACACAAAUUGUUGCUUGGAAGUUGGAACACUUUCUGAUCCAAUUACACAAACCAGAGCCGUGCCUUCUUAAUAACUCUGGUGAUCCUGUAGCGUAAUGUGGAAGAUUUCUUCAGUGCAGGCCAGCUAGAAAAAGGUGCUUUG